AUGGAUCCAGUCUCCAUUGGGCUGAUCUCAGUGGCCCUAAUUUUCUCUGCCGUUUGUUUCUUUAUUAUCAAGAUGGCACCCAAAGAGAAAUCUUUUGAGGAGGUAAGAUCUUUAUGUUUUAGUUGUUCCUUUUUUAGAUUAAUUGACCGUUUAUUGUUUUAGGCCUAUGGAAAGAAUGCCAUCAAACUUUUAAGUGACGAUAGCUCCAAACAAAAGCCGAAGCCGAAAGGAAAGAAAAAUAAAGAAGUAAGUCAAUAAUCUGAAGUUGUUAGUUUGUUUAGAAGAAAGAGACCACUGGAGAUGAAAAGAAAGCCGAGGAUAACAGGGCCAAACCAGAAGGCAAAGAUGAAAAAGUGAAACAGAAUUCCGAAGCUAAAUCAAAGGACGUUGAGUCAACGGGUAGGAUUUUUAGUAGGGUUUUUUUUUUAAGUAGACGGCUUUUUUCAAAAGUAGCGCCAUUUUUGUCAUUUUGGCUAACAAUAAGUUGAAAAUUCUUACAUACGAAUCUUUCAAACGCGAGUUUAAUAUAAUGAAUACCGCUAAACUCUGUUUGGUUCCUAAAAAAUGUUUUAAUUACUACGGUUUUUUAGUAAAAAUAUACAAAAAAAUUCCCAAAAAAGUUCAAUUUGAUAUUUAAAGUGAUAGAAAAACAUGACAUGUCGAAAAUGACGGCUGUUUGACAAAGUGGCCGGCGCGUCCAGUUGACGACUCAACAAUCUAAUUGCAACGAAUUUUUAAUAUGAUUUUCAUAUCCAAGUUUAGAAUCCACAAGUAGCAAAAAGAAGGCCAACAAGAAAUCUGAGCAUAAGAAGGAGCUUGAAGGCGAGAUCCCAGUUGAGGUUGAAGAAGUUAUACAAUUGAAGACCGUUUCCGCUCAAAAGUCGACCCCUCCGAAGCCAAAACCGAAGAAAUCUAGCCCAUUGAACUUUGAUCGUCUUCUGAAUCGCCUUUCGGAAGCCGAGUUGGAGUCUGAAGUUUUGGACUUUGUCCGUCGUCUCAAUGAGCAGGCUCAGAGUGGAGAGAAGAAGCAAAAGGAAGAACUGAGACUGAAGAAGGAGGUGAAUGAGAAGGAGAGAGAAAUCGACCGUCUUCACGACCUUCUGGAAUCCUCCCAAACCGAUAUGGCCAAAAUAAAGAGUCUGGAGCAGGCUUUAGCUGAGGCGAAAGAAAAACAUCAAGUUUUGGAAACUUCGAUGAAGCCCAAAAUCAAUGAACAUCGUCAGGUACGCUUCUAUGAUAUUUUUUAUUUUUUUUAGCUGGUGGAGAAGGUUAAUCUUCUGCAAAAACAAAUGGUUGAGGCCUCAGCUAAAUUGGCGACUGCUGAAAGAUUGGAAAAAGAAAAUGAAAAGUUGAAGAACAAUGUUGAUCUUUUGUCACAGGCACUUGCAUCAGCGAAUAACAAGAUCUACAUCAGUGAAUCCAAUUUAAAACAAGUGGAAGCCGAGCUAAAGAAGGUUACCGAAACACCUCAAAAGUCAGCUGAUAUUGAUCGACUCUCUGCCAAGCUCGAUGAAUUCGCGGUAAGUAUACAGUAUAUUAUUGUAGGUUUAAAUUGAGCUAAUUUUAGAAGAAGGAGAAUAUUCAACGCGAAACCAUCGGCAAUCUUCAACGUGAUAUUGGAAGUCUUCAAGCAGAGAUUGAGCGCAGAAAUGAGUCCGUCAACCAGUUAAGCAAUGAACGAUCUUUGCUAUUGGCUCAAUUGAAUGAAGUCAGAGAUAAAUCCGGAACUGAGCUUGAUCACUUGAGGAAUGAUCUAAGCAAAUGGCAAAAGAAUUACAAGGCGUUAGAAGAACAGUUCACGAAGAUCCGGGAUGCGGAGAGUCUGGCCAAGACAUUGAAAGAGGAAUUGGAAAUUGUGAGAGAGAACGAGAAAAGAAUACUGUAUGUUUUAUUAGUGUUUUUAUUGUAUUUUACGUUUUAGAAUUGAGAAAAGCAAAAUGGAAGAAAAUGUGAUUGGCCUCCAGAAACGAUUAGCUCAACUUGAAUCGGAAGUUGAAGCUGCCAAAAAGCAGAUCGACUCGGAAGACUCUAACAGGGAUCAAUACAAAAAUAAAAUUGAGGAGUUCGAAAACAUUAAAGCGGAGUUUAAUCAGAAGGUGAAGAAAAUGGCUGAAGAUCUGACUUUGUAUGAAACCGUGAACAAAGAUCUCCAGUCAGAAAGGGAUCGCCUCCAAUCUCAAAUUUCCCAAGUCAACGGUUCUUCAGGCUCUUCGGAGAAACUGAGAAAACUUGAAGAAGAAUUGGAGUAUCAGAAACAACGAAGCCAAGUAAGUAAGAUCGUAUUAUAUACUUUUUUUCCCUUAACAUACUAACAUGGUUUAUGUAGGAGUUGAGAGAGCGGAAUUACAAACUGCACGAAUUGGUCAAAGAAUCAGAAGAAAACGUGAGGAAAGUACUCUCUUCACAGGGUCCAGUCAAGGUUGAGGUGCGCUUUAACAUUUUACUAUUUUUUGUUUUGCGUUUCUUAUUUUUUAUAAAUAACAUUUCAGAAAAGGAGUGACAGUGAGGUUGAAGCUGUGAUUUCAUCAGUCGCCAAAUCUGUUGGAUUGAACCCCCCUGCAUCUUUUACUGCUGCAUCAAUCCAGGAAUGGUUUAAGAAAGCCCUAAAUGAUGGCAAGGUGCACACCGAGCACAAAUCAACUCAAAAUGGAACCAAAAAUGACAAAAUGGCUGAAGAUCUUUUGCAGCAAAUUGACAGGCUUAAUGGGGAGGCGGAGCAAUACAAAAUGGCCAUCAACGUUGCUGUAGGUUAUUGAAAGUUUAUGUACUGAUUGUAGUGUUAAUCUUUUUUUAGUAUGAACAAUUGGAUCAUGCUGCAAAAUUGGCCGACGAUCUCCAGCAAAAAUACGAAUCCCAGUUGAACGAAAUUCACAGGAAAGUAAGCAUUGAGUCAUUUUUAUAUUUCCAAUUUAGUAA